ACGACAACAGAUAGUCAAUUGAAACAAACAAUUGUUAUGUUUGUUUUAUUAGCAGACCGCCCCCCAUGUGUACGUCUACUUCUUUAAAUGAUAAAACAUAACCCCCAAGCUGCAGCUCGUGAAUCCCCCAGAGAAUUAGUUUGAGAUACACUGGAUUGGAGAACAGUGCAAAAGGCCUGACUUUGUUAAUUUAAAAAAUACUAAAGUGUAUAUAGUGUUAAAAAACAAAACUUCUCCUUUAAAUCCUCUUCUUCUCUGAGAGUAGAAAAAUCCACAGAGGAGCUUUUGUCUGUCUGCUGACGGCUCAGACUGGGAGAGUCAGAUUGUUUUGAUACGAUGUCAGAACAAACAGAGAAUUCCUCUCGGCCUACGCCUACCUCGGCUCUCUAACGUGGUACAACUGGUUUCCCAUGACAAACAGUUUGACAGUGGUUAGGACUCCCCACCGCAGUUGUUAGGGUUCCCGAGUCGACAUGCCCCGGCAUCUGGAGUUGGCAGGCCUGGGUCUGGCCCUCUCUGGGUGGCUCUGCACCAUCUUGACUCGCUGCAUGGCCUUGUGGACGGUGAGCGGCACCCUGGACAACUCCACAGCUGUUCUACCGGCCUACUGGGACGGAGUGUGGCUGGAAUGGGAUCACUGGGACCUGGCCCACGACGGGCGGCUGCACUGUUCCUUCUAUCAGUCGCUCAUGUCCCUCUCCGGGAGUUUCCGAAUGUGGAGGACCUUCAUCAUGGCAGCGGUGGGCGCCGGGGCUUUCGCCACGUUGGUGGGCGCAUCCGGAGCCGUGUGGUUCCCCAGGCGGGGGCAGAUUAAAGUGUUCUCAGGGGCUGCCUAUGUUUUAUCCGGGAUCCUGAUUCUGGUUCCCACCGCCUGGACCUGCCAUCAUACCAGCCAGCCGCUCGAGGGAGCUGUGCACCUGAGGAGGAACUGGGGACCGGCACUCUAUUUGGGAUGGGUGGCCUUUGCACUGAUGAUGACCGGCGGUAGCAUUCUCACCACCCUGUGUCCCACCACCUCAGAGGGACCGAGACAGGCCGCAGAGGUUUCGAGGUCCCCUCAUCCAGAGGCGACGGCGACGCACCCGCUCAGCAGGAUCAACAGGGCCAACCUCACACACAGCCAGUACCAACGUGGAUCCAUGCCCAUCUGAGAUCUCUGGGAAUGUGGGGACCUCAUCCAUCCAUUUUCUACAGAAUUUGAUGGCAUUGGUUACGGGUGAGGUGAUUUUGGGCUGGAUUGGUCAGCAGCCAAUCAGCCAUUUGCGAAAUGUCAUGUGACCGACGGAACACGGAAUAGCUGACUUCCUGUGUAUGCAGAAGUUGAAUACAUGUAUAUAAUUUAUUCAUACAAAUAUGGUGUCAUACGUGUAAACAUGAGAAAGAAGGGCUUCUUUCAUCAUCUGCUGUGGUGACAUCUUGGGUUUAAAAAAAAAUUGUAGUAAAAAUGGAAGUGCUUGUUAUAAGAGGCUGAACAUGUAUUCAUCACUCCCAGUUGCAGUUUACUGUAAAACCGCCACAUAAAACACACACAUUAAACAUGAACUAUUUAAACACCAAAUUAUAUAAAUUUGUCUGAAGAAAAAGCAGAUAACACAAUGCUAACAUAUAAUCCAAAACAUAGUUGGGCUAACAUAAAUGAGCAAAGAUGUUACAGUAAUUAUAAAUCUCCAAACGACGACUAUUGCAGACUCUCUUCCAGUAGACCUAGGACUACUACGAAGGCACACAACUAAAUUCGGACUUGCCUGUACUGUACGCUACAAAAGUCAGACCACUAUAAAAUCCACACUCUAGCCGCUGGAGGGUUCGCUUGUAACUCAAUUUACUCACGUUUCAGAUUUUGAGUGAGACGCAAAUGCAGGGCAGUUCGCUGCUGAUGCUCAAUUGUACAUCAGGUUUUGGCUCGUAACACGAAGCAAAAAAACUGGACAAGCUCCAGCUUGUAACUCGGAAAACUCGUGAGUUGGUGCACUCGUAAGUCAAGGUAUCACUGUAUAGGCACGUAUAGUAUUUUGUGCCAUCUGAAUUUGAUUGUGAAAUUUUACAUUUAAUUUUUUUAGAUGUUUAUUUUUUUGACACGGAAAAACACACACGCGCGUGCACUUACACACAAUUCAGUCUUCAAUUAACCUUGCAUAACAUAUGUGUUUUUGGAACCCCCACAGGAGGGCCUCAGCUGACUAGCCAGGAACGACUGGACAAUGAGGUAGACGUCCUCCCCACUAGGUCACCCUGCUGCCCAAAAACACAACACAUAAAACUUGAACCCCUCUGUCCAUUUCCUAUACUGCUUGCCAUUAGGGUACUGGGUGGGCUGGAGCCUAUUCCCGCUGACUUUGAGCGAGAAGCUGAGUGUACACUGGACUGUUUGCCAGUCAAUCACAGAGCACAUACACAACCAACCAUUUACACUCACAUUGACGCCUAUGAACAAUUCAGUCUUCGUUGAGUCUGAACAUGCAUAUGUUUGGAAUGUGGGAGGAAGGAAGGGAGAGUACCCGGGGAAAACCCACGCAAGUGCGGAGAAGGCAUUCAAACCCUUGAAGCGCAGAAGAACUUUGAGGCAGACGUGCAAACCACUAGAGUUCCGUAGUGUGUGGAAUAUUAAAAUCAGUAAUUUGUGACAUCAUUAAUUGUAUGGACACUGAACACUGAAAUUGUAAAAAAAAAAAGCAGCCAGAUAGCAUUUUUAAAUGUGAUCUAAUACCAUGUUGACAAAAUGUAUUAAGACAAUAAAGUGCUAUUGCAGAUUUA